AUGGCUCCCACCGAUGCUCCUCUGGGUGAGCAGCCAGGUGCUGAGGGAAACGGUGCCCCCCCGUCAAGCUCAGACAAGUCAUGGAUCGCAGCUCUGGUGGAUGGUCUGGUCCCCAAGUUUCAAGCCGAUGGAAGCAUGCAAUCCGGUGAUUCGGCCAUGCAGACUGCAAACAAAGGCAAGUCAAGCAAUGCCGAGGCAGCUCAACGCGCAUCGGAGCCCGAGGAUCCCCUGCCGCAGGACCUGCAGGCUCUGGCACUCCCGCGACUGCGCCAGCUGGAAACGUGGGAUCCACGAGCACGAGCGGACCGCCCGCCGAUGGGCACCUCGACGUUCAAACUGGUGGCUCGAUGA